AUGACGUCUGUGAGUCCAGAAAAGAUGGUUGAGAAACAUUCCCAUACUACUGCUUCUUCUAGCAACAGCAAAAAGCCUGUGCCGGCUGAAAAAUCUGCCAAUCCAACAGCAGCAUCCAUCAAACCUGCCAUGGAUGCAGAAUCCACAAAAGAAUCUACCAAGCAGAACAGCUCUGACAAUGAAGAAGAGGAUGAGAAGACAUCAGAUACACUGGAUGCAUCCAAAUCAAGUAAUAUGACGUUUGAGGAGUUGUUCAACUAUUGGGCCGACUGUUGUCAAUACAACAGCACACACUCGUACAUUUUGUUGUAUUCUGAAUCCGAUAUAUUCGCGUUCUAA